GUUGAGGGAAAGGAGGGCGGGCGGUGGUGCUCCUGAGGGGAGGGUGUUGCUCCUCGGUCUCUGCUCCCGUCGGACAUUUUCUGUCCUUCCCCGCACCUUUUUUUUGGUCCUUUUUGGCACCGAUCCGUCUGGAAUUUGGAGGCUUCAGGACAGCACAGGUGGCCCAGCCCCACGGCAUGCCAGCAUCGAGGCUGUUGGUGCUCCAUGGGAUGCAGGAAGCAGGGAGGUUUCCUCCAUCAGGGAUCCCCCCGGUCACCCUCACCUGCAGCCCCCCCGAGGAGAGUGAGCAUCCUUCCUGCCAAGCUGUGUGAGCCCACAUCUCUCCAGCGUCAGCAACGGCACUAGAUUCACCAAACCUGAAUUUGUCAUUGCUGUCUGAGCCCUGGAAGAACUUCAAGGAGAUCCUCAAGGUCCCUGGCGCGGGCUUUUCUGGUGGUGGUGAGUGAAGUGAGCAACCAGGCUUUCCAGCAAACAGAUCUGGGGUGGAAGAAGCACUUGCAGGCAGAGGCCAAGCAGCAGCCCAGAGGAGCAGGGGAGCCUGGCAGAGGUACCCGCAGCCUUGGGCAGGGCGCUCAUGGUCCCCAGGAGUGGGCUUCAGCAUGCGGCUGUCACCUCCUACGCGAACAAACUCCAGUGCCUCAGGAUACAGGUGAAGCAGAUCUGCAGGGAGAGGGACAAGGCAAGGCUGGACCUGGAGAAAGCGGAGAGGCGCUGCCUGCAGCUUGGCAGGGAGUUGGACGAGCAGUACAUCGCCCUCGAGCACAGCCAGGGCAAGCUCAAGGAUGUUCAAGCUGAGAUGCAGGCAAAGGAGCUGCUUUUGCAGCAAGCACUCAACCAUCAAGCAAAGCUGGAGGCUGAUACACAGCUCCUCCAGGGCAGAGAGGCCAGCCUGCAUGGAAGACUGAACCUCAUGAUGAGGGAGAACACACAGCUGCAAAACAAGGUCAGGGAGAUGACUGAGAAACUGGUGGCCUCUGAGAAGCUGGUGCUGGAGCUGCAGAAAGAGCUCAACCUCGUUGUGAAGGACAAGGAGCCAGUUUGGAAAGGUCAGCCUGCCUGCAGUUUGGUGUCUCUGACAGGAAUAAAGAUGCUUUUCCCCCUCCUUCUGCAUUUGACCCAUCCUACAGGUCUGGAGCAGGUGGAGCCCCACAGCCCGGAGCUCCUGACCCCGAGCGAGCGCUUUGCGGAGAUCGUGCUGGAAUACGAGCGGCAGUGCCAGAGAGUCAAGGUGCUGUGGGACCAGAACAGCGUGCUGCGGAGGGAGCUGGAAGCGCUGCGUCUUCAGCUGCAGCAGGAGAGCAGGGCCGAGCGAGGGCUGCCGGCUGCAGAGACAUCACUCACAACGGAGCAGCUCCAAGAACAGCUUCAGGACCUGAAGGUGCAGCUGGAAACCAAGGUAAACUAUUACGAGAAGGAAAUUGAGUUAAUGAGGAAAAACUUUGAAAGAGAGAAGAAGGACAGCAAAAAAAGCGUCGAGGCUGAGAUGAGCAAGGUGGAAGGCCAGAAAAGAGACCUGGAAGAAACAGUUGCAAGGGGAGACCUGUGCUGGCUGCUGGAGGAGAACAGCUUGCUGAAAAGUCAGCUGGGGAGACUCCAGCAAGAGCUGAGGGAGGCAAGGAAGGGCAGCAGACAUGAUGAGAGACACGUGAGCGAGUUGGGCAGAGAGGAGGUGCAGGAGCUGGCUGAAACACUGGAGCUGAUGGAGUCGAGUGAGAAGAGCAGAAGGGAGGUCUCCCAGCUGAACACCAAGCUGUGUCAGCUGAGCCAUGAGCUCCCCGAGCAUGAGGCCAGCCGCAGCAUCAGCCCUGCCACCGCCCGGCUGCAGAGCCAGAGGCUGGUGGAAGCUGAGGAGCUGCAAGGAGCGGAGAUGGCAGCAAGGCCAGAGCACCACGGGCAGCAUGCAAUGUGCUGGACGGAGCUGGAACUGCUUUGGCAGCAGCUCAGGGCCUCACAAGAGAAGCUUUUAGAAGCCAAAGCGAGCCUGAGCCUGGCCCAGACUCGGCAUGCGCUGCAGCUGCAGCAGGCCAAGGCGCAGAUGAACAACAUGGUGCCAAAGAAACAGUUUGAGCAGCUGCAAGCCAGCUUGAGGGAGGAACAGAGCAGGGCUCGGUGGCUCCAGGAAAACCUCCAUCGGCAGGCUGAGCAGGCACACAGGCAGCUGCUCAGGACGCAGGAGGAACACGAGCGUCUGCUGCAGGCGGCCAUGGAGCAGGCGGAGGGGCUGGAGAGCGAGCUGAGGAGCGCUGAGGCCGUGCUGGCAGACAGGGCAGCUCACCUCAAGGACACACAGGCCCAGCUCUCCAGGAACAAGCUGCUGAUCGCAGAGCUCCGUGAGGAGAACAGGGGGUUUGCCGUGGCCCUGCAGGCGGCGGAGCUGAAGCAGAAGAGCACUGAGGAGAAGAACCAGGUGUUGGAGGAGCAGGCCUCGGCCCUGAAGCAGCUCAUCGGAAAAAUCACGCCGGCGUCUUUGAGCGUGUAGUGGGGCGCCGGCUGUGGCAGCCGUGCUGCUGGACCUGGCCGGGACUUGUCAGUUCCUCUUGGGCUCUAGGAGACGGAGCCUGAAGCUUCCUAAAGCCUGAGCCUAGGAUCCAAACCAACAUCUCUGUGGUGAGCAGGCCAGAGGGGCUCCUCUUCCAAUUUGAGCCUCCAGGGCUGGGGGCAGAGCUGGUGGCCCCUGUGCAGCACUGUACUUCAGCAAGCCGUCCUCACUGCACUUCCUCAGAGGAGACCAGGAGGCAGGGACGGUGGUGCCAUCUUCGAUCUCAAAUUCUCCGUAGUCCUUUAAGCACCGCACCUGCAGAGCAGAGGGGCAGCAGUCCCUGGAUCAGCAGACCUCACACAGCAAAUACCUCACAGCACUGCUGACUUGAAACACAUGCUCCAGAAGUCCAGGUACCCUCUCCCUGAUGUUCUCUUCCUGCCUUUGCCCGGAGCAAGAAGCACCAGUGAGCAGACCCAGCUCUCCAGAAACUAAAGACCAGCCCUGCAGAAUAGCAGCAGCAUUUCCAGGAGGACCUCCCCACACACAGAGCAGGAACUGCCCGUCUGUUAACACUGAAACAGUCUCAAAGAGCAGGCUGAGUGCCACCACACGUUCUUUGUAAGAGAGUAAAGGAACAGAGCACUUCAGCUGGUGACUGAUACAAUUUUUCACGUGCUCUUGGAUGGUUGCAUCAACUGUGUAAAAUUAUUUAUAGUCUCACCUAUCAAAGUCCAUUUAAAAUAACAAUAAACAUCGCCUUGUUCACAA